AUGCGGCUCACCAGCGAGCUCAUCCACGAUUCCCUGUCCUAUCUCAACCCGCUCAAGGAGCGCGAACUGGACCUUCGAGGACAUAGGAUCCCUGCGAUUGAGAACCUUGGUGUGGCGGGCCCACAUGAUUCCAUCGACUUUACAGACAAUGAUAUACAAAUCCUAGGCAACUUCCCCCUGUCACCGCGCAUAACGACCCUUCUCCUGGCGAGGAAUCGCAUCGCCAGCAUCCAGGCUAGUCUACCGAAUGCCGUGCCGAACCUGACAAAUCUGGUGCUGGCGUCGAACAAUUUUGCACAAUUGGCGGAUUUGGAUACGCUCAAGGGGUUCGAGAGGCUGACGCACUUGGUCUUGGCGGACAACCCGGUGACGAAGAAGGAGCACUACCGUUACUGGAUCCUCUGGAGAUGUCCCACCGUCCGCUUUUUGGACUACGCCAAAGUAAAGGAAGCCGAGAGGGAGCGGGGACGGGAGUUGUUUGGGACUGAAGCAGAGCCCACGGCCUUGGCGUUGGAGAUUCUGGGCAACAAGUCCACGAUGUUUGACGUGGCGGCUAAUGGCGCAGCGCAACCGUCCAGACUGUCGAGGAUAAAACUCACAGACGAUGAGAAGAAGAGGCUACAGGAAAAGAUAAAAAAGGCUACGAGUUUGCAGGAAAUCAUUGCUUUGGAAAAGGAGUUGAACGAGGGGCGGUUGCCGGCUGGCAUUCACGCCGAUGCCAUGGAGGAAUAG